CGGGGCAGCGGCAGUACCGGCGGCAGUCGGCGCGGCGCAGAGCGGAGCGGUCCGGCCAUGGAGCACGACGCGUCUCGCGGCUUCCUGCCGCCCUUCGCGCACUUCGCCACGCAGGCCAUCCACGCCGGGCAAGAACCCGAGCAGUGGCGAUCGGCCGCCCUGGUGCCGCCCGUCUCCCUCUCCACCACCUUCAAGCAGCAGGCCCCCGGGCAGCACGCGGGUUAUGAUUACAGCCGGAGUGGAAACCCUACGCGGAAUUGCCUGGAGAAGGCUGUAGCAGCACUGGACGGAGCCAAGUACUGUUUAGCCUAUGCUUCUGGCUUAGCUGCUACUUUGAAUAUUACUCACCUUUUAAAGGCAGGGGAUACGAUUAUCUGCAUGGAUGAUGUCUAUGGAGGCACUAACAGGUACUUCAGCAAAGUAGCUGUGCAAAUGGGUUUGAAUGUAGUUUUUGUGGAUUGCACAAAACUGGAAUGCCUAGAAGCUGCAAUUACACCAGAGACUAAGCUCAUUUGGAUUGAAACACCCACAAACCCCACACUGAAGGUCAUUGACAUUCAGGCUUGUGCUGAUAUAGUACAUAAGCAUAAAGAUGUUCUGCUAGUGGUAGACAACACUUUUAUGUCUGCCUACUUCCAGCGGCCUUUGUCUCUGGGGGCUGAUAUUUGCAUGUAUUCUGCAACUAAAUACAUGAAUGGCCAUAGUGAUGUCGUAAUGGGACUUGUUUCAGUGAACUGUGACCACCUCUAUGAAAGGCUCAAAUUCUUACAAAACUCUCUCGGAGCUGUUCCGUCUCCCUUUGACUGUUACAUGUGCAAUCGUGGUUUGAAGACGCUGCAGAUCCGGAUGAAGCAACAUUUCCGCAAUGCAUUAGCAGUUGCUCGGUUUCUGGAGUCCCAUUCCCGGGUGGAGAAGGUCAUUUUCCCAGGCUUGCCUUCGCACCCUCAGCACGAGCUGGUCAAGCGCCAGUGCACCGGCUGCCCUGGGAUGGUGACCUUUUACAUUAAAGGAAAUAUCAAACAUGCUACCGCCUUUCUCAAGAACUUGAAGGUUUUUUACCUGGCAGAGAGUCUGGGAGGGUAUGAAAGCCUAGCAGAGCAUCCGGCCAUCAUGACUCAUGCCUCAGUGCCUAAGGAAGACAGAGAAGCUCUCGGGAUCACUGACACAUUAAUUCGCAUGUCAGUUGGUUUAGAAGAUGAGGAGGAUUUACUGGAAGACCUCGAUCAAGCUCUGAAUGCUGCGUUUGCAGACCAUAAGGCCUGAUGUUUAAACUGGAACUUGGAACUGGAUGAGAUGGCUGAAGAAAAAAAAGCGAAAGCAAAACUGUUAAUCAUUUUCCUUUGAGAAUUUAAAUCCGUUCACCCCAACGCUGGAUUCCUGAGGAGUGCCCACCUUAUGCCCUUGGGUGUUCCCUGCUGCUGCGUGGCUGUGCCUGGCCUGUGCCCAGUGCACACAGCCCGUGCUCUGCUCUGCCUCUGUGUCUGUUGUAUUGCAAUCCCCUGCCUUUGGCAUUGAUGCAGUCACAGGCUGUUUGGGAGCAGCUGUGGUGCACACUCAGGAAGGUUUUCCUGCUUCUCUCUUGGAGAGCAGUGUCUCGUUUGUCAUGCUGCUGCUGCUGCAGGGCCACAGGAGUUUGGUGUCCCUGCUCCUCAGGAUGCACAGUUACUCUUUCUCAUCUGACCCAACAGUCCAUCUGUUGAUUUACCUUUAGAUUUUUCUUUAAUUAGGUUGGGAAUAUGGGUAAAGGCUUUUCCUGCUGUUAGUAUUGUAUGGAGUAUUGAAAAUGAAGCAAAAUCCAAUACCUGGUAAGCAAUCAUAACCUUCUAAAGAAGAUGCUUUCCCUUAAAAAAAAAAGGUAACGUUAGCUGUAAUGAUUUGAUUUAUAUUUGGAAUUGGAAUCCUUUUAAUUAAAAUUUGCUUUGCA